UCGUAUUUGGCAUUAGAAUGGUGACAAUGAGUUGGCAUGAUAGCACUUGUGAACAGAUUGGCACUCAUGCCACAUGCCAGUUCAGAACAUGUGUUACACAUACAUUACACAAUAACUUGAGAAAGAGGGAAGAGGAAAUACAUUUCUUUCCUUGUCAGAAACUCCCCAGAUAAGGAGUGGCUAUCGGUUCAACAUAAAACGUAAUGUAUGAAAUGAGUCCUGGACACUUCCAACAGAACCUGAAUACAUGAUGAGUAUGCUCAUGGCAUCUUUUCUCUCCGCAGCUCUGCUGUUGCUGAUUCCUGUGAUCUUUGUCUUUGUAAUGUCAUCUCUAUCACCUAUACACUACAGUAUAGUUGACAUUGUAAAUUACAAUUUAAACAGAGUCUUCCAUUGAGUUGGUGGUAGUCAACAGCAUCUCAAACACACCCAAUAAGACCUACAGUACUAAUGUCGCAUUCAGAGGGGUCCUUAUCGGUGCCAUGAGAAGACUGCAGGAGACCACUGCAGGAUUCAAUUUCACCUACACAGAGGACCGCAACUAUGGUCCCUUCCUGGUGAGUGUGAAUGGUGUAGCCGGGAACAAUACUGAAAACACUUUCUGGGAGCUCCUUGUUCAGACUGGGGGGAAUGGGACCACAAUCAGACCUGAUGUGGGUAUUGGCUGUUACAUCCCUGAACCAAAUGACCGCAUCAUCCUAAGAUUUACUGUGUUCGUCUCGGGCUCGCACUCCGUGAGUGGCAACAGUUCGAAUCCUGGGAACCUCACAGCAGGAAACACUUCCAGACUAGAUUCUAUUGAGCUGGUGGUAGUCAACAACAUCUCAAACACCACCAACAAGACCUACAGUACUGACAUUGCAUUCAGAGGGGUCCUUAUCGGUGCCAUGAGGAGACUGCAGACCAAUUCAGGAUUCAAUUUCACCUAUACAGAGGACCCCAACUAUGGCCCCUUCCUGGUGAGUGUGAAUGGUGUGGCUGGGAACAAUACUGAGAAGACUUUCUGGGAGCUCCUUGUUCAGACUGGGGGGAAUGGGACCAUAAUCAGACCUGAUGUGGGUAUUGGCUGUUACAUCCCAAAACAAAAUGACCGCAUCAUCCUGAAUUUUACAAAGUUCACCACAAACUCUGCAAGUGGCAGUUGUACGAAUCCUGGUGUGUUGUUGUUUUUGGUGGGUUUGUUUUUUUGUUUUCUAAUCUAAGCUUAACCCUUGCCUCAGUGACUACCAUACAUAACCCUAAAACACUAUCUAACCCCAUACCUUCGUCACUACUAUACCACACCUUAUAAAGUCACUAAUUAACUCCAUACCUUCGUCACUACUAUACCACACCUUAUUAAGUCACUAAUUAACUCCAUACCUUCGUCACUACCAUACCACACCUUAUAAAGUCACUAAUUAACUCCAUAUCUAACCCUAAGUCACUUACUAACUCAUUAGCAGGGAAGUUCACUUGCUUAAUACAUCUAAAUCGGCAGAUAAAUAUGUGGGUUUUUGUUGUUUUCUGUGAGUAUGAUUUUCAACCAGUGUAAAAGUUAUUGUGUGAUCAUGUUGGAAUAGACAGUAGCUCCUGAUCAAUACUGUUUUGUGAUUUGAAAAUGUGCCACAGUUUUGUUUUAAUACAAUUUGUCAUUCAAAUAAAAAAACAUGUUAAUAAA